GAUGUUAGCUGCUGCAGUAAACCGUGUUGCACAUGCACGGUUUGUAUGUCAAUUUAUUGAUUUUUGGUUCGGUUACGGUUGUUAUAAAAUUUCUUCCAAAUUGAAAUCUGAAUCCUUCUGAAGCCAAACCUGUAGCGAUCAUGGCCAUGGAUGACUCCGCCAUCCGAAAUGUGCAGAAGCCGCUGCACUUAAAGCGUUCUUGCUCGUAUGGUGAUUUUUCUACGUUUGAUUCUGCGUUUGACGAUGUGAUGCGAAAAGCUGUGGAGAAGAGCUCGUAUGCCAAGCCUUUCAAGCGCCUCGUACGACGGUUGGUACUCGUGUCUGUCGCCCGCGGCCUGCUAAUAUAUGCAGCCCUUGCCGUCGAAUAUAUACGAUCCCAAUCGGGUGAUAAGCGUGAAAACCAGGAACGCGAACAUCAAGAGCAGUCAAGCCAACAUUCAUUCCUGCUGGGGUAUCUCUCUACCGCUAUAACCGGAUUUACUUCCUUCGCCUGCGCCGGUUUUGGCAAUACUUGCUUCCUCUGGUACUGUGUGCGCAAGAUGCGCGGUCAGUGGUUCCUGUCGGCAGCAAAGACUGAGGACGGCAUGUCAAUGCCUGUCGGAUGGGUCGAGAGCAAUGGCAUGCUAUGGAACCUGAGCCUGAAUUUGACGCUCGCCGUUCUGGCCACGGUCAGCAUGGUGAUAGUUGUGGGGAUUGUCGAGUUACAUUUGCCUGGAUUCUUCAUCUCGCUCUGGUGGCUUGUCGCCCAUAUUCUGUGGCACCACUACAUCCUGUACGUACCGCACCGGUUCGAAUUGCUGCUAGUUGUUCUCCCGUGUGGCGGUUUGGAGGUGAUCGGGUUGAUUACUGCGUGGCAGUGUCGGCGAGCGAUUCUGCGGUUUCGAAAAAUUUGCUCGGCCGACGGGCCUGACAAUAACAGCGUUGAUUGGUGGUCGAUCAUUGCGGAGCGAGUGUGCUACACUGUCCUGGAACUUGUCCAUUGGUCGGUCAUCUGGGUGGGACAUGUCCUUGUUCUGUUGCGGUGGAAAGUAUUCACGCAUUCAUUUAUUCAUUUAAUCAUGUGUUAGGAGCGGACAACCCGGUAAACAGGUCUUUAAGGCCUGGUCGGACUUAUGUGUUAACGAUAAAGAACAACCAGCUCGAGAACGCUACCUGGUGUGACGAUGCCUCGUACCGACCCGACUUCCUACGUCUUCACACAAUUCUACAAACUAAUUUCUUAACUUUAUCGUCUAAGGUUUCUCGGUUUAAUGCAUAAUUGUACAUUUUGCAGUCAGAUUCUAAAAAAGUUUUAUGCGCGAUGGAUGUUGUACAAGUCUUUCUCGAAAAUGCAUACGAUAUUUUAACGUACCGCAAGCGGUACAGUUAUUGGACUCAAUUAAUCAUUAAAAACUACUUACCGAACACUGGCGAACAGCACUCAGUGGGCACUGGCUUACCCUGGCUAGUUUGGGUUAUCAUAUUGUUAUUGGUUUGAGUGUUUGACUGCAGAUAGCUAGCCAUUUUCGAAAGACCUUACCUAACUUGAGCUGCCCGUUUGGCAUGGAUAAAGCUCUUUCGGGUGUUCGUCUCGAAAGUGAGAUGACUCCAUGAUGCCCACCUAAUCAUAUGCUUGUUGUUAAAAAUGAGUUGU